AGUAAACAAGAGGACUUACGCCUUGGAGAAUAUGAACAAAGUGGACGCACCAUGUCGACCCGCCGCCUCUCUGAAAUUCACUAUUGACAACAUCCUCAACCUCAAGACAAGCGGGAGGAACUGUGACAGUCGUCUUCCCACCGGACUGCAGGAUGACUCGGCCACGGCGAUGCGUAAAGACGGUUUCCAGAGUCACCACGAGGAGCACGGAGCCCAGCAGAGGCAGGACCCGGGCAGCAGGCUUCACGAAAAUGAGUUGAGCACAGACUGCACCGGAGCGACGGAAUCGGUCAUCAUCAGCCGCGGAGACCCGAGGAAAGCGACGGAGGUGCGCUUCGAGAGCGGGGACAGCAGCUGCGACGACAGUGGCUCCACCACCACGGCCACGGACGCCCACAAAGGAGGCAGCCCGGCCAAGAAGAGCAAAAUGAUAACGAAAAAGAAAACGCGCACUAUUUUUUCCAAGAGACAGAUUUUCCAGUUGGAGUCUACCUUCGACAUGAAACGCUAUCUGAGCAGCGCAGAGCGCGCCUGCCUCGCCAGCUCUCUCCAGCUGACGGAGACCCAAGUGAAAAUAUGGUUUCAGAACCGCAGGAAUAAAUUGAAACGGCAAAUCUCGACCGAAAUCGACGGACCCGUUACCGAUUUCCCGGAGACUGGAAAGCCCGUGGUGGUGGGGCAGCUCCCGGCCUUGUACAAAGAGAGCAACCUGCUGGGGAGAUGCCUGCUGCCCAUGCCUCUGCCCGUGGUGUACCCGGGGAGUAGCACGCCUUACCUCUGCUUCUCAAACGCCAGCAAGUACUUCAGCCUGUAUGACGGGGACGUAUGA